UGGCUGUGCCUUAAUUUUGCUUGUCUCGCCUUCGUUAGACGGACCUGUAGUUCAAUGGGAAACUUUAUCGGUCAUGUGUUCCCUGGGCUGUUUCUUGUCUUAUAUGGACUGUAUCAGGCAAUAGUGGUCUCCAAAGCUGUGAUAUUCAAUGCUUCUCUCCUGUAUCCUUCAUGCCCUCCCAGGAAUAAAGGGAGAUGGGCCAUGCUGUGGAAAAUAUCCUACGUAGGAUUGUUGAAGAUGGUGACUGGCUCAUUCUUGAUAGUUUACGAGAUCAACUGCGUUAAAGGAGGGUUGAUACUGAUGAACAGGGAUAUGCCACCGAGGUUUAUGUAUCCCAAAGAGUGGCAGCACCUCACCAUAUUCAUCCUCCUCACCCUCAAUGGCUGUGUAGACAUCCUGAGCAAGAACUUGCUGCCUCAGAGGUGUGUGGUCCUGGAGCUAGGUGUCCGGAUCCUAACAUUCUACGUACUUCUGCUGCUGUUGGUGUCACACACUCAGGGUACAGUAGGGGUGGAGCUGCAGGUUCACUCUCUGCUCAUCUUGGUGGUGUUCCUGCUGAUGCUGGUGUUGACUGCAGAGCUAUGGGCUCCUGGCAUGUUUCACCUCUGGCUGAUUGAGACCUUUCUGUUUUUGAUGAUGGGCUCCUGGCUGGUUCAGGCAGGCUUUAUUCUGUUCAAACCAGUCUCCAGCUACCCAUGGCAGGACGAUGACAUGAGUGACAUCAUGUUUGUCACCACCUUCUUCUGCUGGCAUGUGGUGAUAAAUGCCUUAUGCCUUUUAGGGAUCUAUGGCUUCUCUUUCUUUUGGUAUCGUUGUUACAGUCCUAGCUUGAAGCUGACGGGGCUCAACGAAGCUCCGUAUCACGCCAGCCCUCCAGGACCCGUCUACAAGUUGCUUCAGGAAGUGGAGGAGUCCGAGAAAGAUGACCAGGCUCUCCUUCCAACAAGCUCACCCUGA